ACAAUUUUGUCUUGCAAAUCUGUCAAGCAAACCGAGCAAACUGUUGCACUGUUGCACCAUCACAUAACUUUUUGCCGACAUAAGAUUCCUUUACAAAUAUCGGUACUGAAUUGAGUUUGUUUUAACUAGAUAUCACCUUUUAGUAAGGAGAAGUCAAUUUACGUGUUUCGUCAGCAUUGGUCACUCACUGGUCACCAAAUUUCAGCUUCAGCUAAACCGGCUCAUCCCAAAAAUAGAAAGCGUAGGCGGGCAUUAGAAGUGGAGGGGAAAGAUGGCGGACGAAGCAGCCGACAUCGACAUUACAAAAUCAGAUUACUUUCAAACGUUGCUUGAUAGGCAAAGUCCCAAGAUGACAACUCAAAGUGAUGGUCUCGAAUAUUCGGACGAUGGCAUAGAUUUCUCCACAUUUGGAGGGGAUUAUGCAUCUUUACCAGAAAUAACAGAUUUCGAUAACGACAGAUUCGACGCCACUAACCCAGAAGAAAGGGUCAUCGAAAAUGCUGGGUAUAUUCACACCAUCAGUUCAGAUGAGAUCCACAUGCAUCUGCAUCCUCUCGGAAAGCGAGGAGAAAUGCCUUCAGAUCCAAGUCAUGCAACGCUUACCAUCGAGACCACUGAUCCUGACACAAAUCAACGUGAAAUCAAGCGUUUCCGUUGCGAGUACGACAGUUGCAGCCGAUCCUACAGCACUGUUGGGAACCUUCGCAUGCACAUGAAGACUCACAAAGGUGAGUUUCGGUUCAAAUGUUCGCAGCCAAAUUGCGGUAAAGCAUUUCUGACUUCAUAUAGCCUGAAAAUACAUGUGAGGGUUCAUACAAAAAUAAAACCUUUUGAAUGCAUCCAAGAUGGAUGUGACAAAGCCUUUAACACACUUUAUAGGCUUCGUGCUCAUCAAAGACUUCACAAUGGCAACACUUUCAAAUGUGAGGAGUCAGGUUGUGUGAAAUUUUUUACAACUCUGAGUGACUUGAAAAAACAUAUUCGUACUCACACUCAAGAAAGGCCUUACAAGUGCCAGGAGGAAGGCUGUGGAAAAGCCUUCACUGCAAGUCACCAUCUUAAAACUCAUCACCGGACACACACAUCUGCAAAGAAUCAAAGAGAGAAUAAUAUUGAUUCUGAUUCAGAUGAACUCGAAGAACCACAGCAGUCAAUUCAAAGGAGUCCUGACCAGGAUUUGGGACCACCCACUGCUAUUGAAAGUGCAUCAAAUAGCUUCAUUCUUUGUGGUAACACAUCUAUUCCUGCAAUUAUCAGCUAUUCAUCAGAUGGUGAAAAACACAGCAUGCAACUCCAAGUGGAUACAUCCAACGUCUUAAAAAAUCAAUUGGAUGGCACAAAGAACCUCCUUGGCACUUUGCAAGACUUACAAGUUCCAGCAAGUGAGACAACUACUGCUCUCUCUGAAAUAGGAGCUUAUUGGAGCAGUACAGAUGUUUUAGAUGCUGCUGUUGCAGAGACAUUUGAACCUGCUGCUUUAGAAGGUGCUGAAAAUCUGCUCAGCUCUUCUGAGAACGGUAGUGCUGCACAACUGUUGCACCUGCCAUACACCAUUGCACCAAGAAUCACUACACAGAGCAUAGAUGAAGAAAACAUCUUAUCUUCUUUACUUAUGCUGGAAAGUUGUGUGCCUCCAGUUAUGUGUCAAAGUGAAGAAGGUCAAGAGACUUUCGAAGAUUCUGCAUUGCCAGAUGGAAAUAACGAAAGCAUUUCUAUGGCGAAUUUUAAUGAGACCGGUGCAGACAAUGAUGUUAAUGAUAUCUUAUCCCUCAUGGAAAACACAACAGAUAUGCACUUAUCAUCAGUACUGCCAUAUCCUGGAGAACCAGUCUCCUCUCAGGACUCAGUUGGCACAAAAUCAAUUGAAAAACCUGACUGGGUUGAUGUAGCAUCCCUCAAUGUCUGCACUAAACAAAUGGCAUCAGAGGAAAAACUUCGUUCACAGGGUCAAAGCAGUGACAUCUUAAAAAUUGUUUCCGCAGAUAUCUGCAAAUGCACAAAUUGCCAGUGUGGAACAACCUCUGGAACAAACUGCCUGGAUUGUGAUUCAGGAGAAUUGAUAAACGGGUGCCACAAAAAAGAUGCGGAAACCCAGGUGGAUGAUAGUGACCAGUUGGAUGUGCGCUUUAACAUUGGAGUAGUUGAGCCCUCUGGGUGGUCAGAAAACAUAGCCAACAGAGCUGCAAAUGUUCCUUUCGUGAGUACGAGCGCACCUCUCAUUGACAGCAAGGAAUCAUCCUCUCUUCCUAUUGAAAGGAAUCCCAACCCAUGUUGUGUAAUGGUGUGUCUAAACACAAUGGAGCAACUUCGAAUGGUGCUGCAGAAGAGUUGUUGUCAAGCAGCAAGCAAUUCUUUACAAGCCCUUGCGAUGCACAUGGCUCGGCCGUCUUGCUGCUCUCCUCGGAUGUCUAAAUAGAAACAGCUUGAAUGCUUUUGAAUUCUUUUCCUGUGUUACAUACAUGACUCUAGUCAAAGUUAGUCAUUAAUUUUUCUUGUCAAAAUCAUUAUAAAUAAAUGUUUGCUAAAAGCUGUGGUAAUCCUAAAGUCUGACUUACUUUAAGUCAUUUUAUGAGUGUCAUUUUGUGUGGUGCAAUAUGAAUGCGUGUCUGCCAAAAAAGUCAAUUUUUAUAUUAUUAUAAUGUUAUGUUGAAGAGUUAUGCUAUUGUUUUUUUUCUUGCUGUUCGAUCACUUGAAUUUUUGCAUGCAUCUUUCUUUUGUGAGUAAUUAGGAAUACUAAUGCUUAGAGCUGGCUCUAGGCAGCUGUAUCAGCUUAUGAAGACUACGAUUUUUAAGUUAUAAACGACUGUUUUGUGCUAUAUAUAUAUACUAUUAUCUUUAUAAUUUAGUCUAGUUAUAAUGCAUUGUGACCAGCUCGACCCAUUGAACAAACAUGAUACCUUUUUGUUGUAUUAUUGUUCACAUUUUUGUGAGACCUCUAAUGGAAUUGUGUCAUAUUGCAUAAGUUAGUCAGUGCUAUCUACAGUAUUACUGUACCACAAAAUUGCAGUUAUUGUUAAAUUUUGAUCAGUACUACUUUUUGGAGAUUCAUCCAGUCUAUGAAAAUUAUAUUUUGAUUAAUGGUAAUUAAAGAACAAUUUUAAAAUUA